AUGACUACCUCUGAAUUUGGAACCCUUCCCUCUGGCGUGAGCCUCUAUAUCAAACCUUUCCACGCCCAUGUUGAGGAAGAGAAGCUGCAGCAGUUCAAGAAGCUCCUGGAGUUGUCGCCAAUUGCACCCGCUGUGUUUGAAAACACCAAUGCAGGCACAAAGUUUGGAGUCACAAGAGAGUGGAUUGAGAAUGCCAAGGAUGUCUGGUUGAACUCUUUCGACUGGCGCAAGGUUGAAGACCGUUUCAAUUCAUUCCCCAACUUCAAGGCUCCCGUCAAGGAUGGCAAUGGCCACGAAAUCGAGAUCCAGUUCUUGGCUCUCUUUUCCAAGAAGCCAGAUGCCAUCCCCUUGACAUUUCUUCAUGGCUGGCCUGGAUCCAUCUGCGAGUUCUUGGACAUCCUCGAUCUUCUGAAGAGUAAGUACUCUCCGGAUGACUUGCCUUAUCAUGUCAUUGUGCCAUCGCUCCCCGGCUACGGUUAUUCCUCCGGGCCGCCACUCGACGCUGAUUACGGAAUUGAGACGGCGGCUGGAGCGAUCCACAAUCUCAUGGUCGGAUUGGGAUUCGGUUCUGGAUAUAUUGCUCAGGGCGGCGAUCUUGGAAGCUUCUUCUGCAGGGUGCUGGCUCUCAAGUAUGAUGCCUGCAAAGGCAUCCAUGUGAACCAGAUGCCAUUGCCUCCACUUCCCUCUGGCGAGCUCCCCACAGAUCCGCUCCAGAUAAGGGCGCUGGAAAGGGGUAAAGAGAUGGUCGAAACCGGGCUUGCGUUCUUGAUGGAGCACGGUACACGGGCGGCCACAAUAGGAUUUGUGUUGAGUGCUAGCCCCUUGGCACUGCUCUCCUGGAUUGGAGAAAAGGUCCUUGCAUGGUCCGAUCAAGAUCCUCCUCUGCACCAGAUUCUCGAAGGUGUCACAUUCUAUUGGUUCACUGACACGAUGGCUAGGUGCCUGUACCAUAACCGCGAUAUGGGGCUUCCUGAUGAAAAACCAAAAAUUGCGAGGACAAGUGUAAUCACUGGUCUCAUUUCCAUGGAUGUUCCAUAUAUCGAAAAGCCAUGCGGAUACUCCUCUUUCUAUAAUGAGAUCGUUCCUGUGCCUAAAGAUUGGGCUGCGAAGACCACAAAUGUCGUGUCAUUCAAUCAGCAUGAUCGCGGUGGCCAUUUCGCUGCAAUGGAAAUGCCCAAGGAACUCCUCUCCGACGUCGAGGAGUACAUCCAAAAGGUUUGGAAAUAG